AUGGCCACCAUGCUGGGCCUCUUCCUGCUGCUGGUUGCUGGCGGCCGUGUCGCGGCGCGCCCCGAGUCCCGUGUGGUCAACGGGGAGGACGCUGAGCCCUACAGCUGGCCCUGGCAGAUCUCGCUGCGGUACGAGCACAAUGGGACGUUCCACCACACCUGCGGUGGGUCCCUGAUCGCGGCCAACUGGGUGAUGACAGCUGCUCACUGCAUCUCCUCCUCACGCACAUACGAGGUGGUGCUGGGUGAGUAUGACCUGAGUGUUGAGGAGGGCUCUGAGCAGCACAUCCCCGUCCCCUCCACUGGCAUCUUCGUCCAUCCCAAAUGGCGAAGCUACUGUGUAGCCUGCGGCAAUGACAUUGCUCUGCUGAAGCUGCAGCACCCGGCGGUGCUCAGCACUGAGGUGCAGGUGGGGCAGCUGCCACCCGCGGGCACCAUCCUGCCCAAUGGGUACCCCUGUUACCUGAGUGGCUGGGGCAGGCUGAGCACGGGGGGGCCGCUGGCGGAGCGGCUGCAGGACGUGCUGCUGCCCGUGGUGUCCCGGGAGCAAUGCACCCGCUCGGACUGGUGGGGCUCGUUCUCCAUCCGCAACACCAUGAUCUGCGCCGGCGGCGACGACAAGUCCGGCUGCAACGGCGACUCGGGAGGGCCCCUGAACUGCCAGGCUGCCGACGGGCGCUGGGAGGUUCAUGGCAUCGCCAGCUUCGUCUCGGCGCUCGGCUGCAACGCGCUCAAGAAGCCGACGGUGUUCACCCGCGUCUCUGCCUUCGAGGACUGGAUCGCUGGGAUCGUGAGCCAGAACUGAGUGUGGCAGCAGCAACAACCUCCCAGUGCGGUGGCAUCUGGCAAAUAAACCC